ACUGUUACAUGCAAGUGCAGAGAGAUCGUUAAUUACCAUGAACGCCACUUUCGCUCAUGCAACGUAUUGGCCUUUGGCAGUUUAUGAUGUGACAUUGUGGAUGUAAGUUGGCACCAUGGCAGUGAUGAUACCACCAGUAAAACUAAAAUGGCUGGAGCACCUCAACAGCUCCUGGAUUGCUGAGGACAGCGAGUCCAUCUCAACGCGCAAAGGAGUCACUCUGCUGUAUGGCAAGCUGCUGGCCAACAAGGAGGUGGUUCUUCUACCUCAGCAGGUGCUCUGUCUGAAGGGCCCUCAGCUGCCGGAUUUUGAGCGGGAUUGUCUGUCCAGCGAUGAACAGGAGCAUUAUCUGGACACGUUGCUGGCCACUCAGCUGGCUUUGGCCAAGACGGUCUGCUCGGACUCACCCUUUGCAUCUGCCUUGCGUAAACGCCUUUUGGUCCUGCAGCGUGUUUUUUAUGCACUUUCCAACAAAUACCAUGAUAAGGGCAAGGUCAAGCAGCAGCAGCAGUCAACUGAGAACACUCUGGGUUCUGCUGACUUGCAAGCAGUUAGUGAGCGACCUCGCUCUAGUACAGAUGCUCUUAUUGAGAUGGGCGUACGGACAGGUCUUAGCUUGCUGUUCGCUCUGCUCAGGCAGAGCUGGACUCUUCCUCCGGCAGGGCCAGGAAUCAACCUCUGCAACGAUGUCAUCACUACAGCCAUCGAAGUGGUGGGCUCCCUUCCACCACUAUCAUUGGCCAAUGAGAGCAAGAUUCCACCAAUGGGCUUGGACUGCUUGGCCCAAGUGACCACAUUUUUGAAAGGAGUGACCAUGUGGAAUUCAGGGGCAGAUGUGGUGGGGAGAAGGCUGGCAUGUGAGUUGCUUCUGGGGUUGGCAGCACAAAGGGGAUCACUUCGCUAUCUGCUGGAAUGGGUGGAAAUGGCACUGGCUGCGUCAGCUGUUGUCAGCAGCCUUGAGCCCAGCCAGGAUACACAAAACCAUGAGGGACUGAUGGGAUAUGACUGCUUCAUGAACAUUCUAAUGCAGAUGAGACGUUCACUGGGUUCAUCUGUUGAUCGGAGCCAGUUGAGAGAGCUGACCCGCACACUUGAUGGUCUUUGUUCCCUAUAUGAGGCUGCGCUUUGUCUGUUUGAGGAGGUGUGUCGCAUGGCUUCAGACUACUCAAGAACCUGUGCGAGUCCAGACAGCAUCCAGGCAGGAGAGGCGGCUAUGGUAUCUGAGACCUGUGAGGUGUACGUGUGGGGCAGCAACAGCAGCCACCAGCUUGUAGAGGGCACUCAAGAGAAAAUCCUACAGCCUAAACUAGCUCCCAGCUUCAGUGAUGCACAAACGAUUGAAGCUGGCCAGUACUGCACUUUUGUCAUCUCCUCUGAUGGUUCAGUCCGAGCGUGUGGGAAGGGUAGCUAUGGCCGCCUAGGACUGGGUGACUCCAAUAACCAGUCCACUCUUAAGAAGCUGACAUUUGAACCUCACCGUGCCAUUAAGAAAGUUUCAUCAUCCAAAGGUUCAGAUGGCCACACGUUGGCCUUCACCAGUGAGGGUGAGGUGUUCAGCUGGGGUGAUGGAGACUACGGCAAAUUGGGUCACGGCAACAGCUCAACCCAGAAGUACCCCAAACUAAUACAGGGCCCUCUGCAAGGAAAGGUGGUGGUUUGUGUGUCAGCGGGCUAUAGACACAGUGCUGCAGUCAGUGAAGAUGGAGUGCUCUAUACAUGGGGAGAGGGGGACUUUGGAAGAUUAGGUCAUGGUGACAGUAAUAGUAGGAAUAUUCCCACACUUGUUAAAGACAUUAGUAAUGUGGGUGAGGUGUCCUGUGGAAGCUCCCACACCAUUGCCCUGUCUAAAGAUGGACGUACUGUCUGGUCUUUUGGAGGUGGAGACAAUGGUAAACUGGGUCAUGGAGACACUAAUCGUGUGUAUAAACCUAAGGUGGUGGAAGCGUUUCAGGGAAUGUUUAUUCGCAAAGUAUGUGCUGGCAGCCAGUCAUCUCUGGCCCUCACCUCUACUGGUCAGGUAUAUGCUUGGGGCUGUGGUGCAUGUCUUGGAUGUGGUUCAUCAGAGGCCACGGCUCUAAGGCCAAAACUGAUCGAGGAGCUCGCUACAACCAGAGUAGUGGACAUCUCCAUAGGAGACAGCCACUGCCUUGCUUUAUCACAUGACAAUGAAGUGUAUUCCUGGGGCAAUAACUCCAUGGGCCAGUGCGGUCAAGGGAAUUCCACCGGCCCCAUCACUAAACCCAAGAAGGUGAUUAGUUUAGAUGGAGUGGCCAUACAACAGAUCUCUGCUGGCACCUCUCACAGCCUGGCAUGGACUGCUCUCCCUAGAGACAGGCAGGUGGUGGCAUGGCACAGGCCGUACUGUGUGGACCUAGAAGAAAGCACUUUCUCUCACCUCCGCUCAUUUCUGGAACAAUAUUGUGACGGCAUCAACAACGAAAUCCCACCACUGCCUUUUCCAUCCUCCAAGGAGCAUCAUAACUUCUUGAAACUGUGCCUGAGGCUCUUGUCCAAUCAUCUGGCUCUAGCAAUGGCAGGGGGCGUGGCCACCAGUAUCUUGGGACGUCAAGCACGGCCACUCCGCAAUUUGCUCUUCAGACUAAUGGAUGCGUCAGUGCCGGAUGAAAUCCAGGAGGCCGUUAUUGAGACUCUGUCAGUGGGAGCGACAAUGCUGCUGCCUCCUUUAAGAGAGAGAAUGGAACUACUGCAUACGCUCCUUCCUCAAGGACCAGACCGCUGGGAGAGCCUCUCCAAAGGACAGAGGAUGCAGUUGGACAUAAUUCUCACCAGCCUGCAGGAUCACACCCAUGUGGCAUCUCUGUUAGGAUACAGCUCUCCUUCAGAUGCCUCUGAAACUCCCAGUCAACUAUCUGACUCCUCGCACGUUCCUGUCACACACCCUGAUUCACAUCCUGACACACAUUUGGCAGAGAUCCUCAUGAAAACUCUGCUAAGGAACCUAGGCUUUUACACGGACCAGGCAUUUGGAGAGCUAGAGAAGAACAGUGAUAAGAUCUUUCAGGGAACAUCAUCGUCUGAUAGCAGCCAGCCAGCUCACCUUCAUGAACUGCUUUGCUCUUUACAGAAGCAACUACUGGCCUAUUGCCAUAUCAACUGCAUUACAGAGGGCUCCAGUAGUGUGGCUCUUCUUCAUAAGCACUUGCAGUUAUUGCUGCCUUAUGCCACAGAUAUCUAUAAUCGCUCUGCAACUCUUCUGAGAGAAAGCUCCAGAAAUGGCAGUGUGCGUGAGAAGCUACAAGAUGUGAUCUACAUGUCUGCAGCAGGCAGUAUGUUGUUUCAGAUUGUGACAUCCCUGCUUUUGUUGCCUGUAUGGGUGGCACGGCCACUGCUCAGUUACCUGUUAGACCUGCUGCCCCCUCUGGACCGUCUCAACAGACUCCUGCCUGCUGCUGCACCUCUAGAAGAACAGGAAUUACAGUGGCCUCUACAUGGCACCCCAGAUCUGGUUGAUCCAAUGUGUGUGUCAGGACUAGCACAGUGCUGGGUGUGGUUGGUGGAUCUGGAGCGUACCGUAGCCCUGCUGGUGGGACGCUGUCUCGGGGGAAUGCUGCAGGGAGCCCCACCCUCACCUGAAGAACAGCACACUGCUCACUGGCUCAAAACACCACUCUUCAGUAAUGGCUUAGAGACUGACAUACCCCACCUUGAUACUUGUAUCAGCUCUUUGCUGGAAGUGGCUCUGUGUGGGAACGAGGAGCAAAGACCCUUUGACUGUCAGUUGCAUGCUGACAUGAGUGUGCUUGUGGAUUUGGCCCUUGGAUCAACUAAAGAGCCCACACACAGCCUGUGGACAAACAUGCAGGACUAUGCCAUCAGUAAGGAUUGGGACAGUGCGUCGCUGCCUAACGAGGCUCUGUUAGACACAGUGUCACGUUUCGUACUUGCUGUACUGCUGAAACACACAGGGCUGCUGGGACAGGCAUGUGGAGAGGGAAGAUAUCAGCCAUGUAAACUGUUGGCAGAGGUGUAUCGCAGUGUUUCUAAGGUGCGGAAUCGCCUCCUGGCUUGCAAGAAUAUGGAGCUCAUCCAGACCCGUUUGUCAUCCCGAUAUUGCUGGAUUUCUGAUAAUGUGGACUCAGUGGAGAUGGACCCUCAGGAGCACUCAUUCACCCGAACCAUAGACGAGGAGGCUGAAAUGGAAGAAAGAGGGAGAGAGAGAGAAAGAGAGGAAGAACACCAGGAGCAGGAAGAUGAGGAGGAGGAGAGAGAGCAUGAGGUCAUGACUGCUGGAAAAAUCUUUCAAUGUUUUCUAUCAGCACGGGAAGCAACCCGAGGGAGAGACAUGGAUCGUGCUGGCAGCAUGAGCGUACAGGAGGAGCCAGCUCAGCCCGCCCUGGAGCGCAGGAGCAGCACCGCCUCUCAGGAAGGAACGGAUCUUUACACCGCUGCAUGCAAUGUCGUCAUCCACCGCUGCGCCAUGCUCCUGCUGGCCGUCAGCACACCACUCACACAACACAUCAAUCAGCCGCCACUGAUGGGCGGGAUCAACCAAGACGGAGGCGGGUUUAUGACGAGGAGCGAGAGCCUUUCAGCUGAGAGUCGGUCUAUCCAGAGCAGUCCCAGUUACAGACUUACAAAAUCCAGGAGUGAGUCUGAUCUCUCUCAGCCAGAGUCUGAUGAAGAAGGAUAUUCACUGAAUGCAAGGAGAAAUGUGGAUCUGGAUUUAGCUUUCACUUCUAAAAAAAGAGGCUUUUUUUACAGUUCUCCAGACUCUUCUGCUGACUGGUUUGGGGGACGAUUGGCUUUGAGUGAAUGCUUAUACAGCUAUCCACGGUCCUAUGAAGAGUCAGACCGUGAUCUGAGCCACUCACUCAAGCUCUAUGCACUUAUCGAGAACAUGGUGAACUUCAUCAGUGGAGAUGUUGGGAAUGCCCCUGCUUUUAAAGAACCAGAAGAGAGUGUUUCCAGCAGCCCACAAGCCAUGAUUAUAGCCAUGGAACAGCAGCAGAGCAGAGCAGAGUUGCGUCUGGAGGCCCUUCAACAGAUUGUGGUGUUAAUUUCUGGGAUGGAGGAGAAGAGCAGUCAGGCUGGCACUGGAGGUGCAGCUGGACGAACAGGCCUUAGUUUUCACUCUGCCUCUCUGCUAACUUCAGUCAGACUACAGUUCCUGUCUGGGUGUUUUGGUCUGGGUGCUUUCAGCAAUGGGGGGCUCAAGGGGGAGAGCGUCCAACUACACCACUACCAGGAUGGAGUCAGAGCAGCCAAGAAAAGUUUACAGAUGGAAAUUCAGACUGCUGUGCAUAAGAUAUACCAGCAGCUUUCAGUCACAUUAGAGAGAGCCCUGCAAGCUAACAAGCACCACAUAGAGGCCCAGCAAAGGCUGCUCUUGGUGACAGUCUUUGCUUUAAGUGUGCGUUACCAGCCUGUGGAUGUAUCAUUGGCUGUCUCCAAUGGCCUCUUGGAUGUUCUCUCUCAGCUUUGUGGGACAGAAACUCUCAUUGGACAGACCCUGCAACUACUUCACAAGCCUGCUGGAUCUCAACUCAGCACUGCGCUCAAAGUGGCCAGCACCAGAUUGCUGCAGAUACUAGCCAUCAGCACUGGAACAUAUGCAGACAGGUUGAGUCCAAAGGUGGUCCAGUCUCUGUUGGAUCUUCUGUGUAGUCAGCUGAAGACACUGCUGUCUCAAGCUAUUGGGAGUACGCUCAGUGCAGGUUCAGAACUGCUGGAGAAGAGUGAUGACUGCGCAGAUGCCCAGAAAAAAGAUUUUCGAGCUUUGUUACGAAAGAGACACACUGCAGAACUGCACCUAGGAGACUUCUUGGUUUUUCUGCGUCGUGUCGUUUCUUCCAAACCCAUCCAGUCCAAGAUGGCCACUCCUAAAUGGACUGAAGUUCUUCUCAACAUUGCUGCUCAGAAAUGCUGCUCAGGCGUUCCAUUGAUUGGUAAUUUGAGGACUCGGCUGUUAGCCCUGCAUGUUCUGGAAGCUGUUCUUCCUGCCUGUGAGAGCAGUUUGGAGGACCAUCAGAUGACCCAGGUGGUGGAUCAGUUGUUUGCCCUGCUGUCUGACUGUAUGUGGGAGGCUCCUGUUGCUCAAGCCAAACACACCAUGCAGCUGAAAGAGAGAGAGCAGGAGCUCAAACUACAGGGUGAGACAGAGGAGGAAGAGGAAAAUGUACCUAUCCAGGAGGUGACCUUUGACCCUGAGAAGGCUCAGUGUUGCGUGGUGGAAAGUGGACAGGGACUGACGCAUGGCAGUGGGGGCAAAGGCUACGGUCUGGCUUCAACUGGCAUAUCAUCUGGCUGUUACCAGUGGAAGUUCUAUAUUGUGAAGGAGAAUCGUGGCAAUGAGGGCACAUGUGUGGGUGUGUCGCGCUGGCCCAUGCAUGACUUCAACCACCGCACAACAGCAGACAUGUGGCUCUACCGCGCAUACAGUGGCAACCUCUACCAUAACGGAGAGCAGACCCUCACUCUGUCCAGCUACACACAGGGAGACUACAUCACCUGUGUGCUGGACAUGGAGGCUAGAACUGUGUCCUUUGGCAAGAAUGGAGAGGAACCCAAACUGGCCUUUGAGGAUGUUGAUGCCACGGAGCUCUACCCUUGUGUCAUGUUCUACAGCAGCAACCCAGGAGAGAAGGUAAAAAUCUGUGACAUGCAGAUGAGGGGCACACCCCGUGACCUGUUACCUGGCGACCCAAUCUGCAGCCCUGUCGCCACAGUCCUCGCUGAAGCCACCACCCAGCUAGUGCGGAUCUUGCACCGCUCGGAGCAUUGGACGCAAACCAUCAACCGCAGCAUUCUCCAGCGCCUCCAGCAGAUCAGAGGUUGCCUGCGGGAAGGUGCUUCUCCAGUAGGGGCCACCAGAUUGCCCAAGAGCCGCUCUGCACAGAGCCGAGAGGAGCAGGAUGAGAAAGAGGGAGAGAGAGAGGAGAGAGGACGAAGCGGACGCCAUGCUUCGGCAGAGCUGUCGGAGGUGCACUUGCGAAUGCUGUGCCACCAGGUGUGGCCGGUGUUAGCUGUGAUAGGGGGAGUAGAUGGUGGGUUAAGGAUGGGGGGACAGUGUGUGCACAAGCAGGCUGGAAGACAUGCCACUCUGCUGGGUGUGGUGAAGGAGGGGAGCACAUCAGCCAAGGUGCAAUGGGAUGAUGCGGAGAUCACAAUCAGCUUCCCCACUUUUUGGUCGCCCAGUGACACGCCGCUUUAUAACCUGGAGCCGAUUGAGCCCCUGCCCUUUGACGUAUCUCGUUUCCUCGGGCUCACUGCGGCUCUGCUGUUGGAUCUCACCGCCCUCGCCAGUCUGCAGGAUGACUGCUCCAAACCUGCCUCCACCUGCCGGCAUGAGCGCAGACACCGGCACGAACCCCAGGAAGAACGUGAGAGUGAAUCACGCAUCAAGCUAAAGGAGGGAACUGGAGACCUGCGUGUAUCUCACAGUUUAGAUGAGGUUAGAGCUCGCGCACCUCCCAAUUCGCACUCCGAGAAUGAGCUUGCCACCUACACGCAGGAAACUAUGCAGCAGACGCCAGCAGAAGGAGGCAGAAUUCUGCAGGAGAUUGUGGUGUCACGUGAAAGCUCACAGGAGACAGACGCGCAGUUAGAGGUGCAUGCGGUGCAGCUGACGUAUCUGUAUCUGGGAGCGAUGAAGACUUUGAGCGUCCUGCUGAGCUGUAGUAAAUAUGCUGAACUGCUACUGAUCCCUAAAGUGAUGCCCGACAGUGACCAUAAUGCAGAUUGUGCCAGUCCUGGGUUGAGUGUCUGUCAGGAAGAGGCAGACCUGCGAUCGGCUCUGCAGUUUCUUAUGCGACACAUGGUGAAGCGGGCAGUGAUGAGGUCACCCAUAAAAAGGGCACUUGGGCUGGCAGACCUUGAGCGGGCACAAGCUAUGAUCUAUAAACUGGUGGUCAAUAGCCUACUUGAAGAACAGGAAGGCCAGAGGGCCAAACCAGUGGAUACAGAGUGUGAGGAGUUGGAGGGAGAUAAACCGUUUCAGACUCCAGUUACCACUUCGCCCUCAGCCUCCAGCAGCACCUCCUUCAUGAGCUCCUCGCUGGAGGACACAACCACAGCAACCACACCCGUUACCACUGCAACCACCCCAGUCACUGACGCUGAGACUGCACCUGCUUCUGAGUCACCUGGAGUAAUGCCGCUCAGCCUGCUCAGGUAUAUACAGCAGAUGUUCUCUGGCUACCCAACCACCACUUUGCUGCCGGCACGUAGAGCUCAGACCCCUCCAGUCUCCUCGUUGCCCACCUCGCCAUCAGAUGAGCAUGGCCGUAGACAGAGCCUCACAUCACCUGAGUCCCAGCCUGCCAGGACCACCAGCAGGACAGCAUUAUCAGACCCCAGCAGCAGACUCUCUACAUCUCCACCUCCUCCAGCUAUUGCCGUUCCACUGUUGGAAAUGGGUUUCUCACUCAGACAGAUCAUGAAAGCUUUGGAAGCAACAGGUGCUCGUGGGGAAGCAGAUGCUCAGAACAUCACUGUACUUGCGAUGUGGAUGAUCGACCACCCGGGGACGGCAGACUCUGAGUCUUCAGACCCCUGCUCUGGGGCUGCAGGAGGGGGCAAGAGCAUAGAGAGGAGCUACCUGCGCUCCCCGGAAGACAUCCCCAAUGCUGAUGCUGUAGAAAUGGAGGAGGGAUUCAGUGACGGUCCUUCAGGACUUGAUCAAGAUUCAGCCUCUGUCUCGCCGGGUCCAACUCCUAGAGGACGCUCUGCAGCCAGCAGGAAGCACCGCUUUGACCUUGCUGCACGCACUUUACUAGCUCGUGCAGCUGGUCUGUACCGCUCAGUACAGGCACAUCGAACACAAGCCCGUCAAGAAGGCUCUGGGCUGCAGCAGGAGUCUGGGCCUCUGGGGGCACUAUACGACUUCAAUCUAGAUGAAGAGCUGGAACUGGAGCUGGAUCAGGAGGCCAUGGAGGCCAUGUUCACCCAGGAGCUGGCAUCCGACUCCAACAUUCUGGGAAUGUGGAUCCCAGAGGUACUGGAAUGGCCAACAUGGCAUGUGUGUGAGUCAGAUGACCGUGAUGAGGUGGUUGUAUGUGAGCUCUGCAGGUUGAGCGUGUCCAGCUUUAACCAGCACAUGAAGAAGAGUCACCCAGGCUGCGGUCGCAGUGCCAAUCGCCAGGGUUACCGCAGUAAUGGAUCCUAUGUGGACGGCUGGUUUGGAGGGGAGUGUGGAAGUGGGAAUCCCUAUUACCUGCUCUGUGGCAGUUGCAGACAGAAAUACCUCAACAUGAAGAGCAAAAUCAAAGGUCCACUGCCAGAGAGGUAUAAAGGUCAAGCUCCAGACCUGUUGGGAAAGCAAGACAGUGUUUAUGAAGAGGACUGGGACAUGUUGGAUGUAGAUGAUGCAGAGCGUCUGACCGGUGAGGAAGAGUUUGUGAUGCUCUCUGCUCCGCUGGGUCUCAGUGACCGCAGGCCUGUCCCGGAGGCCGUCCAUUUUCCAGACACCGACCCCCUCGGUGCUUCUGUUGCCAUGGUCACUGCUACCAACAGCAUGGAGGAAACUCUAUUGCAGAUAGGUUGCCAGAGUUCAGUGGAUAAGAGCACAUCAGGGCGAUUGUCUCUGGGGGAGCAGGCGGCAGGUCUGCAGACAUCUGCUGAUCGCCUGGUGGCUCUGAAAAGAGUCACAGCAGCUGCACAAGUCCUGCUGGCCAGAACGAUGGUCAUGAGAGCGCUGUCCCUGCUCUCAGUUAGCGGUUCGAGUUGCAGUCUGGCAGCAGGAUUGGAGUCUCUAGGCUUAACAGACAUCAGGACUCUGGUGCGUCUGAUGUGUUUGGCUGCGGCAGGUAGAGCUGGAUUAUCUACCGGUCUUGCAUUAGGCCCUGGAUCCUCUGAACGCCCACGAGGGGCCAACAAGCCCACCAAACCCAUCUCCUGUUUGGCGUACCUCAGCACUGCUGUGGGCUGCCUGGCAUCGAACAGCCCCAGUGCUGCCAAACUAUUGGUUCAACUGUGUACUCAGAAUCUGAUAUCAGCUGCCACUGGGAUGAAUCUCACCACAGUGGAUGAUCCCAUCCAGAGGAAAUUCCUGCCCAGUUUCCUGAGGGGUGUGGCAGAAGAGAACAAGCUGGUGACGUCACCCAAUUUUGUGGUGACCCAGGCACUGGUGGCCCUGCUUGCCGAUAAAGGUUCCAGGCUUCGACAUGGCUACGACAAGGCCGAACUGGAAAAGAGAGGCCCAUUGGAGCUGGCAAAUGCGCUGGCGGCAUGCUGCCUCUCAUCUCGACUCUCAUCGCAGCACCGCCAAUGGGCCGCACAGCAGCUGGUGCGCACACUGGCCGCUCAUGACCGAGACAACCAGAGCCGGCCCCAAAACUUUGCAGAUGUGGCAGGAGACCUGCGGAAGUGGUCCACUUUCAGACUAGAGGCUCAUCAGAGCCGGGUGAUCACAUGUGUGUGGUGUAGUAAAAAAGGUCUCCUGGCCACCAGCGGAAACGAUGGAACAGUCCGUGUUUGGAACGUGACCAAAAACCAGUACUCUCUGCAGCAGACAUGCGUCUUAAACAAAGCAGAUGACACCUCAGAGGAGUGUAUGAAUAAUCUGGGCUCACCAGGUGAUUCAAGCCUGGCUCCAGUGGCCUGGAGUGUCAGUGGGAAGUACCUGGCUGCAGCCAUGGAGAAAAUAGUGAACAUCUGGCAAGUCAAUGGUGGGAAGGCUUCGAUGGACCUGCAACCUCAUUGGGUGUCAUCGUUAGCUUGCCCGGAAGAGGAGGCUGGGUCUCUGUGGGGUGGGGAGCAUCGAGAGCUGCUAUUGGUGGGUCGCAUGGAUGGAACACUGGGCCUUCUUGAGGUUCUGGAUGAUUCUGACAUACAGAGAACUGAACUCCAACACUGCUACAGGAAAGAUGUGGCUGUGAUGCAAAUUGCAUGGUACAGUGAGGACCGCCCCUUUGCUGUUGGAUAUGCUGAUGGGAGGCUUCUGAUUGGCUCUAAAGACCCUUUAGAGAAAGGAUCUGUGGUAGUUAUUGAUGCCCACAAGGAAAGCAUCACUUCAUUGCGCUGGGCUCCAGAUGGGCAAGUGUUGAUGAGCUGUGCCAAAGAGGAGAUUGUGCGUCUAUGGACAGGAUCGGGGACGGAUUUGGGACAAAGUUGGACAUGUCUGCAGAGUAUCACCCACCCUGCUGUUGUCAAUGCUGUUGCCUGGUGCAACCUGUCUGGUGAAGGACCCAAACCUCUCAAAAUGUUUGCCACAUGUUGUCAGAAUGGUCUGGUAUCUGUGUGGACUGUACCACAGGACCCUUCAUCAUACUCCCAGUCCAGCACUGCCUGCCCUGAUGCAUGCUGGGAAUCCAAGUCCAAACUUAUGCUGGACCCACAGCGGUGUGAAGGAGCAAAGUGUGUGCUCCAGCUGCGGGGUCAUAUGACUCCUGUUCGGACAGUAGCUUUCAGUCCAGAUGGGUUGGCUCUGGUGUCUGGGGGGGUUGGUGGACUUUUGAACAUCUGGUCAUUACGGGAUGGUUCAGUGCUACAAACAGUAGUUGCUGGAUCAGGAGCUAUUCACAACACUGUUUGGAUUCCUGACAUAGGUGUGGCUGUCUGCUCCAACCGCUCAAAGGAUGUACUGGUUGUUAAUUGCUCAGCAGAGUUCAUGGCAACCAGUCAUGUGCUUGCAACCUGCCGCACAGCGCUGAAGAAACAGGGUGUUAUGGGACUGAAUAUGGCUCCAUGCAUGAGGGCUUUCCUGGAGAGACUUCCCAUCAUGCUUCAGGAGCAGUACGCAUAUGAGAAGCCUCAUGUGGUUUGCGGAGAGCAGCUCGUCCACAGUCCAUACAUGCAGUGUCUGGCAUCUCUGGCAGUGGGUCUACAGCUGGAUGCUCUGCUCUGUCACCCUCCUGUCCCACCUCACCUGGCCCACUGCCCACCUGAGCCUGGCUCCUCCUCUUCCCCCUCCAAUGGCUCCUGGGCCAGCAGUGAGUGGGCUUGGCUGCACUGCUUCUCCACCACCGUCAAAACAGCUGAGGCUCUCGCACGAGGACACACCUUCCCAGAGUCUUUCAUAGUCCCGGACCUAGAGCCUGUGGCCAAGGACAAACUGGCACUACUUAUGGAUAACAGCAAGUGGAUGUCUGGGAUGGAUGAACAAAUCAUGUCGUGGGCCACGUCCAGACCAGAGGACUGGCACCUAGGAGGGAAGUGUGAUGUAUUUUUAUGGGGUGCUGGCAGGCACGGGCAGCUUUCAGAGGCCGGACGCAACAUUCUGGUGCCAACUCUUGCUUCCUCAUUUUCUCAGGCCCAACAAGUUGUUUGUGGGCAGAACUGCACCUUUGUGAUCCAGGCGAAUGGAACGGUGUCUGCAUGUGGAGAGGGCAGUUACGGCCGCCUUGGACAAGGAAAUUCAGACGAUCUGCAUGUCCUCACUGUCAUAUCAGCUCUGCAAGGAUUUGUAGUGACCCAACUGGUAACAUCAUGUGGGUCUGAUGGCCAUUCGAUGGCACUGACUGAAAGUGGAGAGGUGUUCAGCUGGGGAGAUGGAGAUUAUGGAAAACUGGGCCACGGCAAUAGUGACAGGCAACGCAGACCACGGCAGAUAGAGGCGCUGCAGGGGGAGGAGGUGGUGCAGAUGUCGUGUGGCUUUAAGCACUCGGCGGUGGUCACUGCAGAUGGAAAGCUCUUCUCCUUUGGCAAUGGAGACUAUGGAAGACUUGGGCUUGGAAACACCUCUAACAAAAAGCUGCCAGAGAGAGUCAUUGCUCUUGAGGGUCACCUGGUCGGCCAGGUUGCAUGUGGGCUGAAUCACACUCUGGCAGUAUCUUCUGAUGGAAUGACAGUUUGGGCAUUUGGAGAUGGAGACUAUGGCAAACUGGGACUGGGAAACUCUACAGCCAAAUCAUCUCCACAGAAAGUGGAUGUUCUUUGUGGAAUUGGAAUAAAGAAGGUGGCGUGUGGGACCCAGUUCUCCAUUGCUUUAACCAAAGAUGGAAAUGUCUUCACGUUUGGCCAGGAUCGUUUGAUUGGUCUGCCGGAGGGCCGAGCACGAAAUCAUAACCAGCCUCAGCAGGUCCCUGCUCUGAUGGGCAUGUUCAUAGAUGAUGUGGUUGUUGGGGCAGAGCAUACGCUUGCAGUCUCUUCAUCUGGAGAUGUUUACGCCUGGGGGAGCAACUCGGAGGGUCAGCUUGGCUUGGGCCACACCAACCAUGUCAGAGAGCCAACCCUUAUUAGCACUUUACAAGGCAAAAACAUCCAGCAGAUCUCUGCAGGUCGCUGCCACAGUGCAGCAUGGACUGCACCGCCUGUACCGCCACGUGCUCCAGGUUCGUCAGUGCCUCUGCAGCUGGGCUUGCCCAUGUGUGUGCCUCCUCAGUACAGUGGCCUGAGAGAGAUCAGUAUGGAGGCACUGAGAGCCAGACUACGCCUGCUCUACCACUUCUCUGACCUCAUGUACUCUUCAUGGAGACUGCUCAACCUCAGCCCCAACAACCAGAGCUGCACUUCGCGGUAUAAUGCUGGAACGUGGGGUAUAGUCCAAGGUCAGCUGAGGCCCCUGCUGGCCCCUAGAGUUUACACACUGCCCAUGGUGCGCUCCAUCGGUAAAACUAUGGUGCAAGGGAAGAACUACGGCCCACAGAUCACAGUCAAAAGAAUCUCCACACGAGGGAGAAAGUGUAAGCCCAUCUUUGUGCAGAUCGCCAGGCAGGUUGUAAAAUUGAAUGCAUCUGACUUGAGGCUGCCAUCGCGAGCCUGGAAAGUCAAGCUUGUCGGAGAGGGAGCAGACGAUGCAGGAGGGGUGUUUGAUGACACAAUCACAGAGAUGUGCCAGGAGCUGGAGACAGGAGUGGUGGAUCUUCUUAUCCCUUCUCCCAAUGCUGCUGCAGAGGUGGGCUACAACAGAGACAGGUUCUUACUGAACCCCUCAGCCUGUCUGGAAGAGCACUUGCUGCAGUUUAAGUUUUUGGGUAUUCUGAUGGGAGUGGCCAUCCGCACUAAGAAGCCUCUAGAUUUGCACCUGGCUUCAGUGGUGUGGAAGCAGCUGUGCUGUAUUCCUCUAAUCCUUGAGGACCUGGAGGAAGUGGACCUGCUCUAUGUGCAGACCCUCAACAGCAUCCUGCACCUGGAGGACAGUGGCAUCACUGAGCAGAACUUCCAUGAGAUGAUUCCUCUGGAUUCAUUUGUCGGUCAAAGUGCUGAUGGAAAAAUGGUUCCCAUCAUCCCAGGAGGAAACAGCAUACCGCUGACCUUUUCCAAUAGGAGGGAGUAUGUAGAGCGUGCCAUUGAGUAUCGCCUCCAUGAAAUGGAUCGGCAGGUGGCGGCAGUGCGAGAGGGCAUGUCCUGGAUCGUAUCUGUUCCGUUGCUCUCCUUAUUAACAGCUCGACAGCUGGAGCAGAUGGUGUGCGGGCUGCCGGAGAUCAGCGUGGAGGUUUUAAAGAAAGUGGUUCGUUACAGGGAGGUGGACGAGCAGCAGCAGCUGGUGCAGUGGUUCUGGCAAACGCUAGAGGAGUUCUCCAAUGAGGAGAGAGUGCUCUUCAUGCGCUUCGUCUCUGGACGCUCUCGUCUGCCGGCCAACACUGCAGACAUUUCUCAACGGUUCCAGAUCAUGAAGGUGGACCGGCCAUAUGACAGUCUUCCCACCUCUCAGACGUGCUUCUUCCAGCUCCGCCUCCCACCUUACUCUAAUCAAUUGGUAAUGGCAGAGCGGCUGCGUUAUGCUAUUUAUAACUGCCGUUCUAUUGAUAUGGACAACUAUAUGCUGUCUCGCAAUGUGGACAAUGCAGAGGGGUCAGAUACAGAUUACUGACCCUUCCCUCCCACAUGCACAUGUAAACACACAAAGUGUAUGCGCUGUGUUGGACUGUUUAUGAUUCAUUACAGGCUUUUAUGAUUAAUAUACAUCUUAAUCCAGUUUUUAUUUUCACUUUUUGUUUGAUAGCAGUUAAGAUAAACUUGGGUGUGCUACACGAUCUGCACACACACACGUGCUUGAUGUAUAUUCCUUCUGUAUUCUCUGAAGCUCAGUCUUUCUCCACUAUUCAUCUUUGGCUCUGCAUUUUUUUUCAGGAUAUUCUGCAUGAAAGAUUGUUUAAUUAAAAAAAAAAAACAUUAUAGAAUAAUGAUAAAAAAAACUAUUUUGUACAUUGUGUAUAAUGCUUCACUGAGAAAUUGUUUUACAUGAGUAUCUGUAUUUAUUUUAAUUUUUUCAACUGCAGACACCAGGUUUCUUAUGGCAGACAUGCAAUAAAUGAUUCACUCAAA